AUGGCAGAAGCUCCGGAUGAGCGCGAGCCGGGCCCCGAGGCAGCGGAGCAGCUGCCGCAGCAGCAUGUUGGGUGCCAAGUCUUCUCCGAGCGGCUGGCUCAGCAGAAGCCACCGCAAGGGUUCCUCUCCAGUUUUUUCACCAACAACCAGAAGUGCCAGCUUAUGCUCUUGAAGACGUUGGCGACAAAUCCAUAUGUCAAACUUCUACUUGAUGCCAUGAAGCAUUCAGGCUGUGCUGUUAACAAAGACAGACACUUUGCUUGUGAAGACUGUAACGGAAAUGUCAGUGGAGGUUUUGACGCUGCAGUGUCUCAGAUUGUUCUCUGCCAGAAUAACAUCCGUAAUCAGGCCCAUAUGAACAGAGUGGUCACCCAUGAGCUCAUUCACGCCUUCGAUCACUGCCGCGCUCAUGUCAACUGGUUCACCAAUGUCAGGCACUUGGCCUGCUCUGAGGUUCGAGCUGCUAACCUUAGUGGAGACUGCUCACUUUUAAAUGAAAUAUUCAGGUUGCAUUUUGGAUUAAAACAACACCAUCAGACUUGUGUGCGAGACAGAGCCAUGCGCUCUAUCCUGGCUGUUAGGAACGUUAGCAAAGAGGCAGCUCAGAAAGCUGUUGAUGAAGUUUUUGAGUCUUGUUUCAAUGACCAUGAACCUUUUGGAAGGAUCCCUCAUAACAAGACCUAUGCAAGAUAUGCUCAUAGAGACUUUCAAAACCGGGAUCGAUACUACUCAAAUAUAUGA